GUCUAGAUGGAUGACCUCUGUGAAGCCAAUGGCUCUUUUGCCAUCAGCCUAUUAAAAGUAUUGGGUGAAGAAGACAAGUCACAAAACCUGUUUUUCUGUCCCCUGAGUAUCUCUUCUGCCCUGGCUAUGGUCUACCUGGGAGCCAAAGGAAACACCGCAGCCCAGAUGUCCCAGGUACUUGGUUUGAACAGAGAUGGAGAUGUUCAUCAAAGUUUCCAGUCACUUCUCUCUGAAGUUAACAAAACUGGCACUCAGUACCUGCUAAAAAGCGCCUGCAGACUCUUUGGAGAAGAAUCAUGUGAUUUCCUUUCGACCUUCAAGGAAUCCUGCCAGAAGUUCUAUCAGGCAGGGCUAGAAGAGCUGUCUUUUGCUAAGGACACUGAAGAAUGCAGGAAACACAUCAACGACUGGGUAAUGGAUAAGACUGAAGGGAAAAUUUCAGAAGUUUUGAGUCCUGGAACAGUCUGCCCGCUGACUAAGCUGGUUCUUGUGAAUGCCAUGUACUUCAAAGGGAAGUGGAAGGCUCAGUUUGACAGAAAGUACACACGGGGAAUGCCCUUUAAAACAAACCAGGAAAGAAAAACAGUUCAGAUGAUGUUCAAGCAUGCUAAAUUUAAGAUGGGGCAUGUGGAUGAGGUGAACACGCAAGUCCUGGUUUUGCCCUAUGCAGAAGAAGAGCUGUGCAUGGUCAUUCUGCUUCCUGAUGAAAACACUGAUCUGGCUGUGGUGGAAAAAGCUCUGACAUAUGAGAAGUUCAGAUCGUGGACAAAUGCAGAAAACAUGACAGAAAGUAAAGUUCAAGUUUUCUUGCCCAGGUUAAAGCUGGAGGAGAGUUAUGACCUGGAGUCUUUUCUUCAGAAGUUAGGCAUGACAGAUGCCUUCGAGGAAACAAAGGCUGACUUUUCUGGAAUGACGACUAUGAAGAAUGUGCCUGUGUCCAAGGUUGCCCAUAAGUGCUUUGUUGAGGUCAACGAGGAAGGCACAGAAGCAGCAGCGACAACUGCAGUGGUCAGGAAUGCCCGGUGUUGCAGAAUAGAACCAAGGUUCUGUGCUGACCACCCAUUCCUUUUCUUCAUCUGGCACCACAAAACCAGCAGCAUCUUGUUCUGUGGCAGGUUCUCUUCUCCAUAAAGGCGUUAUUGUGGGGCUGAGGAUGUAGCUCACUUGGUAGAAUGUUUGCAUAACAAAAUACGAGGCCACC